AAAAUAGAUUCAGCUGGCCUAUUUGAUUUGUCGUGUGUGUGGGUGAGAGAGAAGACGCUUUAAAGAGGGCGAGGGUUCCAUCCAUUGAAGUGUCCAGAGGAAGAUUAUGAAGGGAAAAAAUGGCGAAAAUAAUGUGAUUAUUUCUUAUUUUGUUAAUUAUUUUUGUCUUUUCCCGUCUCAAAUGGAUCGGCUGCGGAGGAAGUCCGGUGUGUCUUGGGAAAAUCUGCGUGUUUAGCACUAAUUUGUCUUCCGCCCGUGGAAAUCCUCGUGUUUAGGACUGAUUUCCGUUCAAUCCGUGAAAAAUCUGCGUUUUUGACCUUAAAUUUGAUCAGAUUGAGUGAAGAAACCAUAUCCUGUGAAAAAUUUGCGGUUUUAGAGGUGGAGUUUGAGGAGUAAACAAUAGCCUGUGAGAAAUUUGGGUCUUAGUGCUAGUUUUUGAGGGGGUUGUGGAGAAAGAAAGAAGAUUGAGGAUAUUUUUCCUUUUUAGAAGUGAAAUUUGAGAAUAUUGAGGGAAAAAUUCGAGCUUUUGAAAAAAUUGCGGUUCUAGUGCUUAAAUUUUGGGGAAAUAUCCUGAGUCCGUGAGAAAUUUGUAGUUUUAGUACUAAAUUUGAAGAGACUGAAACAAUCCUGAAUUUUUUCCGUUUUUAGUACUAAUCUUUAGGCAGGUUGAGCAAAAAAUUCUGUCUGUUAAAAUUUUUCGUCUUUGUACUAAUUUUGAGAAGAUUGUCCCAAGAAAAGUAGCCCGACUGUGUGGAAAAUUUGGAUUUUUUUUUGUACUACAAUUUGGUCUGUUUGAUUCAAAAGAAUGAGAGCCAACGUUGUUGCUGCAAAUUUGAGCAGGUUCUAAAUCUUUUGAAAGCUCUGCACAUUUUGAGCGCUAGUUUGUGGGCAUAAUUUGAAGCGCUGGGCUUAAAUUUGUCCAUCCACCACAGAAAAAGAUGUCCAAGAUAGUAGAAGAUCACAGAGGAUCAUUUUUUUUCAUGUUUUCAAAUGAAAAAUAAUUUUUUAUUGAGAAGAAAAUUCAUUUUUCUGCUUUUCUCGUUCAAAUUUGUCCAGCAGGCGGAGGAGCUUUCAAGGCGUUGAAGCUGAACAAUUUUUUGUCCUCAAAUUUUGUAGCUGUCAGGCUUAUCUUAACCCCCUUAUUCCUUUGUUCGUCAGUUUGAAGAGCCAUAUCUACAUUUUCCUUUACAGUUUUUCCUGUCUCUCUUUUCUUAUUUUAUGAACAAGAAAAAAGGGUGUUGCAAAUUUAAAGACAACAGUAGCAAUUUGCAUAGGAAGAAAAUCCGCCAAAAGGCUAUAGAAGCUGUUGAGUGAAAAAUGCUUUUUGUAGUGAUUGCUGUAAAAAAUCGCUGUAUUUUGAGUUAGAUAAUGCCAAGCCGUAGGGUUUUCAGUAUGCUGAACAAUAGUAUCAAAGAAUCAGGCAAGAUGAUUGUUUCAGGCAAGCCUGUGGCUUCUAAAUCGAAGAUAAAGAGGAUUUUUGAAUGGCAAUUUACACACAUUUUAAGGAAUGAAAACCCAUCUUCUUCGCAAGUAGUCCCCAGCCCUAGUAUUCCCGAAGAAUCGGAAUCCUCAAAGCUGCAGGACAAGAACAGCAAGAGUAAUUUUAUUAUGAUUAGAACAGCAACCGAUAAUUUUGACAGCAGUGGCAGUUUUCAUGAACCGAGCUCUGUAUGUUUGGCGGAGAUGGUGCAUGAUUUCAUGGAAAAUGAGGAGAAAAAUCCAGAAUGUGGGCGCGCUCGCUGCAAUUGCUCGAAUGGGCAUUGCAAUGUUGGUGGGAAUGCAGACAGCGAGGAUGAUCCUAAAUCAGCCAUUGGAUCGGGCGCAGUUAGUGAAAUUCUCAAGGGUCUUGUUCAAUGUUCUAGUGCAUGGGAGAGGAAUCUUUUGGCAGAUGCAUCCAAGUGUUUAGAAGCAGCGAGCCAGGAAGCCAAGAGCAUCUGCAAGGACAAGGAAGAAUGCGCAAAUGGCUGCCUUAGGAGGACUGUAAUGAACCGUCUCAGAUCUAUGGCAUAUAAUGCUGCUGUGUGCAAAUCAAAAUGGGAUACUGCCUGCGGGUGUCCUACCGGAGAGUAUGAGUACAUUGAUGUUAUUCACGAAGGAGUGGGGAAGUCAGAGAGGCUAAUUGUUGAUAUUGAUUUCCGAUCACAAUUUGAGAUUGCUAGAUCGACAAGCCACUAUGAUGCUGUUUUACAUAUCCUGCCAGUCAUUUUUGUGGGUAAGGCAGAUCGACUGCAGCAAAUUACAUGCAUUGUGUGUGAUGCUGCCAAACAAUCCUUAAAGAAGAAGGGGUUGCACAUUCCGCCUUGGAGAAAAGCAGAGUAUAUGCGAGCUAAAUGGCUCUCUCCAUACAAGAGGACCACUAACGAAGUGUCUCACAAUUCUUUUUCUGAUGUAAAUAGAGAAAUGACUUCAAUCGCUGUCAAGGGCUCGGGAUGGGGUUCAAGAUUUACCAGUGAGUUUGAGCUAAAGUUCCGGAGCAACAAUGGGGGGCCUCGUCGUCCCAUGAAAGAAGUGAAUGGUAGAGGGGGAGAUUCCAAUAAUAUCAAAGAAAAGAGGAAUGCGGAUGACCAGAUAACUGUUGUGGUUACCGAAUGGCAACCUCCUGCUGUAAAGCCGAAAGCAGGACAAAGAGGGGGUAAAAAAAUUGCCGCUGGAUUGGCCUCCAUGUUGAGAGAAGCUGGUCUUUAGCUCAAUCAUAGUGAUUCCACCCUAAAUUUUUGGUAAUACUUACUAAUUUUCUUUAUUCCUUUGUUUUUUUUGUCCUCAAAAAAUGAAAAAAAAAAAAUCCCCAAAACAAAAAGCAAAAAAUACAUAUAUGUUUUUCAUUUAUAGUAUAUGGUGUCCUCUUCGGUCUUUAAUCUGCCUCGAGCAAAACGUUUGCACAUAUGUCUUGGGGCUGGUCAAGUGGGUAGAUGGUCUACCUAGUGAGUACAAGUCCGAUUGUUUUGGUGAGGAUAAGGAUUGGCGAAAUGAAGAAGCGACUGUAAUUUUUUGAGAUCCGAGGGCCUUUGUUGGCUCCAAGCAUCUACCUCUUUAAGUAAUAUAAUAAAAAAAAUAUGUUAAUUAGUAUAUAUAAUCCGACUCUCUACCAAUUACCUUGUCUAAUACUCGGUGAAUUUUGAUGGAAAAUUUUUCCAGUUCACAAUGCUCUUGUUUGAUUGUAAAAGCGCUUGUUGAGCAUCUGAAUAAAGUGAGCAUUAAAAUGUUAUUUCAAAUUUAA